CAGACAAAAUAUUUUGAAACAAUGUUAACUAUGAGAAGUAUUGUUGUUUGUCUGGGACUUUUCCAUUAUUCGAUUUGCUUGACAAGGGAAACCUGUUUUGACGAUAUAUAUCGCUUCUGGAAAAGUCCUGUUAUUUGCAGCUUUAAACUAAAAGAGAUAGAAACCGAUUGGAUUCCUGAGAAAGCAGAUCGUAUGUGUAAUCAUUCAUGUUCCAUAUCCUUCGUACAACUUACUGAAUGGUGGACGUUCCAGCUCUCCGAAGUCCUUUUUAAACUCGAAAUAAACAAAAACAAAAGUAUUUUAUUUCAAACCAAGCCAAAUUGCAAACAGGUGAUUGAAGUUGAUAUGAAGAAAAUCAAAAUGGAAACAACAUGUAGAAAUAACCAGCAUUCAGUAUUUGGUACUUUUGUUGAUAUUUGCACAUCAGCAGAGGAAUGUGGCGGUCAGAAAGUUUGUAAGUUGACAGGCAAACUUGGAUUUGGUGUGUGUGAAGCUCCAGACUCAUCAAGGACAUCACCAGCAGAUUUCACAGAGACCAUUAUUGGUAACGAAUUGGAAAAAUGUGAAAAUUUCAGAAAGUUAACUCCAGAGAGUACUCUAAAGUACAGUGCUAACACAACUGUAUUAGUUGGAACAGGACUUGGUGGAAUGGCUCUUGGGAUUUUAAUUUUUGCAGCUUGUUUCUUAGCAAUAAAGGCUAAGGGACAUCAAGCUUUUUUAAAGAAAGCAAAAAAGAGUGAACAAGAAGAAAUAGGUGCAUCAAACCCUGAAGGAGAUCCUUAUAAUCAUCUACGAGAUGACAAUGCAGAUCACAUUGGCGAAUUGGAUAACAUGUAUGAUCAUUCAGACAUUAUUUUACAAAGGGAAUCUAAGGAAUAUAGUUUUACCUCUGAAAGAAAUCCUACUAACAAUCCAUCAAAUGUGGAACAAUUUUCUUCAGCACAUCGCGGUGAUGAAACAGACAACUAUUUUUUGAUUGAAAAAACUGUCAUAUAA